AUGUCUCAAGACAAGCGUGCCUAUGUCAUCAGCAGCGCUUCCGCAGCACAACCGCAUUGGACCUUGGACUCCAUACGCGAUUCAAUGGCACCCGACGACAACAGCGAUGACGAGACGCUGGAUAUGGCCCAUGCCACAGUUAUCGAAGGUGCUGAUCUCGAGUCUGAUGUGGAGGUAGACCUUCCCUCAAGCGCUGGACCGCCGGUUGGGCAAGUACCUUUUGGCUCUUAUCAAGGUUGGUCGGCCUCCAACCCAGUAGGCAUCCCCUCCAGUGUUGCAAGCAACCAUAGUACGUUGUCUGCUGCGUCCUCAUUCUUCUCGCCCUCCAGUGUUUCGAAAUACGCCCCACACGCGUUUGAGCCUUCUAGCGUUUCUAGCUCUUAUCAGACUGCCGAGGGGUCUGCGCCCAACUCCAUUAACUCUUAUACUCAGCACGCUCCGCAGCCACACUCUUCAUUCCAACAAUACGGCUCUCAACAUGCUGGUUCGUUUGCUGGGUUCUCCAUGGGCACGUCGUUUGCUGAGCCCUACCGCCGGUACGGUGCGCCCAUGGGCUCUGGAAACUCCUUUUCUCGCCAUGGGUCCUUACCAUAUCUCGGGCCCAAUCCGCAAAUGGCACAGCCAAUUCAGCAGCAGCAGCAACCCCAGGCGGCGAUUGCUGGCGACACUCGAUAUGAGAUGAAUCAAGGCGUCCCUCCUCGCCGGUCUUUGCUCACUUCAAUGCUUCAACAAAAGCCUGGAAGCACUCGUGGCGUCACAAUGAACAUGUCUCCCAGAAGACCAUCUGACGCUGUGCCGUAUGCUCGAGUCACCAGCAACGCUGACUUGGCGAGUGGCCCGAUGCUUCAACGCAGUUCUAGCCGAGCAACGUCACUUCACAGGUCCACAAGUCAGACUAGCAGCCGAAGGCCAAGUAUUGUUGAGAUGGAGGAUAUUGAUCCUGGAAGUCCUGAGCUGGACCCGACCAGUGUUGCUUCUUCCAUGACGGAUGCUGCACCUAUGUUUAUACCCAGCCGAUCUAUAUCCACGACCAAUGUUUCGAGAACAAUGGUUUCUACAUCAACGAGUGCAGGCGUUCGUUCCCCGGAACAGCAAAGACCGACGCAGCAAGCGCAGCAAGCGCACCCCCUGGCGCCGACGACGCAGCAAGGACAAUUAUUUAGCCCGCAUUAUCAGCCAUUCGCUCCAGGUGCACCAUUCAAUAAGGUUGCAUACCCAUCACAAAGGCCACCAUUAUCAAGUGUGUCGCCAGCAAUAUCGCGGGCUCCGUCAAUCUCACUUGACGACAGCACUGGGAACCUUGCGAAUCGACUACAGCAAACACAAGCAGACAGGCUCAUAGAAGCUGAAAAGACGGCUGCUCCAGGCGGUGGAAGAUCGGUUUUACCGGCGCUGGCGCCAGUUGACUUCCCUCCUGUUCACAUGGACAUUGCGACUCACGAUGUCAGCGACGUAAUAGAGAUGGUCACACUUGUUUUGAGCAGGAUCGUCGCGACAAAUGACGCAUUGUAUCCUGCUGAGUCCCGGGGUAAUCCUCUAGAGACCCCUAAUGUUGUAGGCGACUAUGGCCACAUGCUCAAGAGCACAUUGCUAAGUUUCCACGGCUGCAAUGUGCCAGACAUUACCUUGCGAGCAUAUCUGGCGCGGAUUUUGAAGUACUGCCCCGCAACAAGCGAGGUGUUUAUUGCCAUUCUUGUCUAUUUCGACCGGAUCUCCCGCCGUUUGGAGGCCGUCUCCGCGUUGCCCACAGAAAUGAAGCCAAUGAAGCCCUCGAGCUACUUGAGAGGCUCAGGCUCGUCCAAUCAACUGUUUGUUUUGGAUAGCUAUAACGUGCAUCGUCUUAUCAUUGCAAGUGUCACUGUUGCAUCUAAAUUUUCCAGCGACAUUUUCUACAAGAACUCUCGAUACGCAAAAGUUGGUGGCCUGCCCGUGGAAGAGCUCAACCAUCUUGAACUUCAAUUUCUUGUACUUUGUGAUUUCAAACUAUUAAUUGGACUGCAGGAAAUUCAGCACUAUGCCGACUUUUUGCUCAAAUUCCGUCAGCAGGAGGCCGGUGCAGCGCUGAACAUGUCUCCUUCAAGCACCCCAGCAGUUGCAGUUUGA